GGCCUUGGCUAUGCAGCCGAUUUCGCGGCAAUAGGAAUUCUUUGUGUACGGUGGGCUCCGUUGUCACAAACCAGCCUAUUCAUCAGCAUUCUUACUUGUUUCACACCUGUCUCUACCGUGUUAUGCUCUUCGGAUCUCGGCUGGCGCUCAGCUUUCUACUUACACGCUGGAUUUGGAUUUUUCGUGUUUUGCCUAUGGAUUGUAUUCUACCAGGAUGAUCCUCAACUGCAUCCAAGUGUUAGCGAAAAGGAAUUGGAAAAGAUUCAAAGGGAUAAAACACAAGCGCACAUAGAACGAGACAGCUUCGUCCCUUAUAAAGCCAUUAUGAAAAACAAGGUGAUUCUUGUCGUAUGGUGUAAUGCAUUUGUGGAAAUGGUAACAGUGACAUUACUGCUUGUCUAUGCACCCACGUACUUCCAUGUUGACGGGCUACAAUACCGGCCAAGAAGUGUGCCGGAACGUAAGAAAAUGAUCUUCUUCAACACAAUCGCGGUUGGUUUGGCUGGUGUCUUCUGUACAAUGAUUGGUAUAAUCCCUGGAGAUUGGCCAAAAUGUGGCGUUGCUUUAUUCACUCUGGUCAUCACUUGUAUGGGUAUGAAUCCUGGAGGCUUCUACAAAUGUGGAACACUUUCAUCACGUCAGUAUGCGCAUUUUGUGCUGGCUACCAUUCAAUUUAUGAAAUGUGUGGCGCUAUUCGUAGCUCCAAUGACGGUCGCUCUGCUGGUUCAUGAUGAGCGGCGUCACGACCAAUGGAGAUACGUCUACUGGAUCAAUGGUGCUUUGUUGAUUUUG